CCGAGUCGCUGGGUGCAGAUCCUGAGGAGCGCCUCGGACCACAGCGGAUCCGCGGAGGGUGCUGACCACUUCGGCCCUCACGUCCAGGUUGCUUGAAUGGGGGGCUCCCUGGCGUGGAUGCUGUUGUUGCUACUGCUGCUGCAGGAUCCAGGCAGCCAAGUCUUUUCCUGCAACGUGUCCUCCGGGAUCGUGGACUGGAACACAGAGUUCACAGCCAUAUGCCUGAAUUUCAGUGGCCAAGGCCUCCUCCGACUGCCCCAGAACCAGUCUCUGCAGGCCGGGAACCUGCGCCACCUUAACCUGUCUGGGAAUAGUCUUCAAAAGUUACCACUGCUCUUCUUUAAACUCCUGGGAAAGCUGGAGGACCUAGAUGUGACAAACAACCCACUGACCUACGUGGACAGGGAGCUGGCCAUGAGCUGUAAACUUGACCUGAAGGCUGACUGCAGCUGUGUCCUAAAACCCUGGCACCUGGUCCGACAGGACAACUGCUCCGGCCAGCCACCUCUCAAGUGCCAAGACCCAGCUACUGGUGCCUGGCGCAAUGUCUCCGCCUUCCUGGAGGCUGACUGCCCCCCUGGCCUGUCCUUGAUGACCAUCGGGGCACUGGUGGCCAGUGGCAGCCUGAUCCUGGGGCUCACCAUUGCUGGCCUAGUGCUGGCCUGGAGACUCCGGGGACGCCGGAGGGUCGGUAACCAGGACCUGGACAAAACAGGGCCUGCUCAGGAUGGUUCUCGGUCUGGCUCCGGCAAGCAGCCAAGAUACAGUAGCCGGGGCCUCAGCUCUAAGCCCCCAGCGGCUGCCGUGCCCAGACCCCCCACCCCCGACUAUGAGAAUGUGUUCGUGGGCCAGCCAGCUGCCGGGCACCAGUGGGCCGAACAUGGGGCUCACCCAUCAGAGGACAGCGACUUCUACAUGAACUACGAGGGCCCCGACCAUGCCUCCCAGUCUGUCUACUGCAACCUGCGGUCGAUGCACCAGACCCCACUUGACGAAGAGGAGUACGUGAUCCCCGGGCGCUGAGCCUUUGAUGCCCUGAACUCCAGCCUGCUGCCUUCUACUUACUUGGGGCAUUCUGGCUCUUCCCUGGCCUCAGUCUUCCCACCUGAGGAAUGGGGACAGGGAAGGACCGUCCCUGAGGCCCAGGGAGGCUCUUCAGCUCCCUCUCCAGCCCCGCUCUGCUUCUCAGCUCCCUCAGCUGCUGCAAGGGGGAAGAGGAGAGGCCCUGACAUGAGGACAGGAGGGUCAGUUUGUGAACGCUGUCAUCACCCUCCCGUCGGUGUGCAGGCGGUGCUUAAUAAACGCUGC